AUGGAAAGUGAUGAUGAAGUGAUUGUGUUUGGGACAUGGGCUAGUGCAUUCAGCGGAAGAGUUGAAAUAGCCCUUAAACUUAAGGGCAUACCCUAUAAGUACGUGCAGGAAGAUCUAGCAAACAAGAGUGAGAUGCUUCUUCAUUACAAUCCAGUUCACAAAAAAGUGCCUGUUCUUGUUCAUAAAGGUAGCCCUAUUUCCGAGUCCCUAGUCAUCCUCCAAUACAUCGAUGAGUUUUGGAGCACUAAUAACUACACAAACCUCUUGCCUAAAGAUCCUUACGAAAGAGCCCUUAUCCGAUUCUGGGCUAAUUUUUAUGACCACAAGAUAAUAUCAGCUAUCUACACAAUUUGUGAGUCCAAAAUAGGGAAUGAAAGAGAGAAAGCGGUGGAAGAGUUGAGCGAGUUGCUGAAAAUAUUUGAAGAAGGAAUCCAGAGAGAUUUUCCGAGAAAAUUACCAUUUUUUGAUAAUGAAAAUAACGUUAGCUUUCUUGGAAUUGUUGUGAACUCUUAUGCUUGCGUGUAUCCUGCAUUUCAUGAAACUGUGGCUGUGAUUAUUUCGCCAGAAAAGAAUCCAACAUUUCUGUCGUGGGUGAAUGCACUGAGGGAAAAUCCUUUGGUCAAGGACACACUACCUGAUCAUCACAGAUUAGUUCGCAGCCUCAACGCCUACCAAGCUCGUUUAUCUUCAUCUUCAUGA